AUGGCUUUGUUUUACAAUCAGCUCCUGUGGCCUAUCACCCGAGUCGCCAUUUCUGCAUCCAAGAAGGUUGGUUUUGAAUCCUCUGAUAAACCAGACUCGGUUCUUACCCUCUUCAAAAACCAUGGAUUCACCGACGCCCAAAUUUCCAGUAUCAUUGGAAGGUUCCCAUCAGUGCUCGUAUCCAGUCCUACAAAAAACCUUCUGCCUAAACUUGAGUUUUUCCAUUCCCAGGGUGUUUCCAGUCCUAACAUCGCCAAAAUCCUCUGUAAAGAGCCAAGCGUCUUGUCUAGUAGCUUAGAAAACCAAAUCAUCCCUGCUUUUAAUUUCUUGAAAAGUUUAGUUGGGACUGUGGAGAAUGUUGUUCUUGGUCUAAAACGUGAACCUCGUCUCAUCAGGUGUGGCAUACAGAUUGUGUCUCGAAAUAUUGCAAUCUUGAGAGAAAAUGGAGUGCCUGAUUCUGAAAUCGUGAUUUUACUAAUUAACUUUCCCAGCACCAUGAUGCCAAAAAAUGAUCGGUUCAAACAGAUACUUGAGGAGAUUAAGCAAAUGGGUUUCAACCUUUCAAAACACAUGUUUAUGCGUGCUCUGUUUGUUUUUACAUCAGUGAACAGAUCGACAUGGAAGCUGAAAUUGGAGGCUUAUAGAAGUUGGGGUUUUUCUGAGAAUGAGAUUCUCAUGGCAUUUAGGAGGUACCCUAAUUUUAUGGCACUGUCUGAGAAGAGGAUAAUGAGACAUAUAGAUUUCUUUCUUAACAAAAUGGGUUGGGAACGGGCAGUUAUCUUCACGUACCCGGACAUUCUUGGGCUUAGCUUGGAGAAGAGAAUUCUUCCAAGGUGUUCAGUUUUUCGAGUAUUGAUAUUGAAAGGUCUGAUGAAGAAAGAUCGUCAAAUGGGAUAUCUAUUGAAAGAAAGUGAGAAGCUUUUCUUGGAGAAGUUUGUGACAAAAUAUGAGAAAGAAGUUCCUCAACUCUUGGAUUUAUACAAAGGGAAUAUUAGUCUGCUAGAACUAGGAUAUGGAACUCAGGAAGUGUGGAAAGAACCUACUGGUAAAAUACCCAAAUUUUUGAAAUUUGACAAAUAG